AUGGUGCCGCUGAGCGACUUCAAGGCAUGGCAGGAUGCUGGACUUGUCCUAUCCACCACUAGUAAUGAGGCCUGCAAAAUGUUUGAUGCUACGCUGACUCAGGGAGACUGUGAGGCUGCUUUGACAAUUUAUGACAAUCGUAUUGCUCCUGCAUGCCUGUCAAAUGGAAGUAUGUUAGCUGUGCUAGAUAACUGCUCCAUGCUGUACCGGCUUCAGUUGGAAGGUGUAAAGGUGGGAGACAGAUGGAAUGACGUUUUCCCUCUUGCAAAGAAGCACACCAAAGAUCAUGUUUGGCUUUUCAAUGAUGUCCACAUUCUCAUGUCUUUGCUAGGGGUCAAAGACCACAAAACCACCAAUGAGCUCUUAACAACUUUUCAUGAACUUGCCAAACCACCUCGUGAAGACCAUGAGCUAGGUCUGGCUCCGAAAUUGGGGUUGCCGCUUUGCCAGGCUUUGGUAGAGUUUGACAAUGGAAAUUAUGACAAGACAGUAGAAUUACUUUAUCCAGUUCGCUACAAACUCCUGCAGAUAGGAGGCAGCAAUGCUCAGAGAGAUGUUUUCAGCCAGCUAUUUAUUCAUGCUGCUUUAAAUUGUAAAUCAAAAGCCUAUCAAAAACUGGCUAGAUAAGUAGCACUUGCUAAAAAUCAGAACUUCUGGAUUCCAUGAUAUGCAUUAAAUAGAAAUACAAUUUAUGAAAGCACAAAUUUCAAUUGUUUUUAAACAUUGUAAAUUACAAGUAAAAUGAUAUGCAAGCAAGUACAUACAAAGCUGCAUAAUUUUAGAUUUAAUCUUAGGUCACAAUUUACAGCAAUUAUCAAAUAUUUAGUUUGUUCAGCUACACAAACUUGGCUGGUUGAUUUCACCAAUUUAUUAGUAGUCUACAAGUUUAGCUAUAAAAGUCUUUCUCUUCCAGUAUGAAACCAUUGUAUUUACAUAUGGAGCAAUAUACUUAAUAGAUUACAAAAUAAAACGUAUACGAGUAGCUGAAUACUGUAAUGAUGCCACAUGCAGUUUAUUUGGGAUCUAACUUACUCUAGUGCCAUAUUUCAGCUCUCCAUUAUGCCAGUCUUGUGUUAGUAGAAAUCACAAGAGUUGCUAACAUGAGCAGACUCACAUGCCCAUACUGAGGCCCAUUCAAGUUAUUGGAGGAGUCUUCCUGUGUAGGGCAGCUGAAAGAAUUGAAGCUUAAGACCACAUUCUCUUACACUAGGGUAGCUCCACUGACUUCACUGUGGUUAGUCCUGAUUAACACAAGUGUAAAUGAGUGGAGAAUCAGACCCCUAGCUUCAAAGUAAUGAAAAUCAUUCCAACCUCCCAGGUAUGAAGGGAUCCUUGCUCAUUUUAUUCACUUUCCUAUUAGAUCUCCUGUCAGAAAACUUAACGAUCAAAAUUAGACAAAAUACAGAUAACUGGGGAAGGAACAUUAGAAGUGAUGUGAGCGGGUAGUCUAUGUAUAAGACAUCUUAUUUCAAAUGUUUGUUAUGGUUAAGAAUUAUGAGGUGAGAUAUCAGAACAGGAGUGGAUGGUUAGUGGUAGACAGUGAGCUGGAAUAAGGCAGCUUUUAGGAUCUUGAAGGGAGGAGAGUAAGAUUAUUUUCUCACAAAGUUCUUGUGCUGUGUCAUUUUCAGAGCCAUGUGGCUGUGAAAGUAGGGAAAAUUAGUUGAAGGGUUAGAAAUGGGAGAGGGAACAUCACUCUCUUAUUAGUCUAUGGCCUGUGUUGUGGUAUUUGUGAUCAAGGCAUACAAUAUAGGCAUUUAAAAACAUAGCUGUGCUGUUUUCGAUACUGAUUUUCAUUUUCAACUCUUUUAAAUGCCAGGGACUGAAACGUGAGCAUCUACCAGUCUUUUUGCUGCAGCAAGUUUUUUAUUUUCAGACAACACAGACUACUAAAUCAGGAAACAGAAAAGCCUGCUUGCUAUAGUUUUGAGCGCUGUAUUUAUGGCCUCUUUUUUCACUUCCCCCCUC